AUGUCAGAGUCAGGCCGAGGGCGUGAAAGUGACAAUGACGCGGCAAAGCUCAACAAGCCUCCUGGAGCGCUUCGAAGAUGGUGUUCUGCAUGUCCACGCUUCCAGACUACCACUUACGAAAACCAGCCUUACCAACGUGAUGGGCACUAUCCAACGUCAACGUCAACUUCUGCCCAACCUGUGGCAAACGGAGCUGCAAAGGAGUUACAGAUUGCCAAACGCCAGCUCGAGGAGAAGAGGGCAGAGGCCAAAGCCCUGAAGUCCGACCGCUCUUUGCCACACAUCACCCGAGCUCGAGAAGGCAACCGCGAAGAGAUCGUUGAAGGCAAAGAAGAGAGCAUUUUCACAUCUCUUCGCCGCACAUCAGCCGAGCUCGAGAAGGCCAAGGAGCAAGUCAAGGAGCAGUUUGAGACCAGUACCAGCCUGAGCGCAGAGAAUGCACUCUUGCGACAGCAGCUCCAAGGCAACCACGAAGAGAUCGUUGGAGGCAACAGCGAUGCAUCGAUGACACCUUUGGCGUCUGAUGGCUCCUUGAUGGUUGCCAAAGAAGACCUUGCUGGUGUGACAGGACGGCUUAUUGCUGAGCGGUAUGAGGCUCUUGCAAGUGGCCCAGCUCCUCGUGCAAUCAUCAUGUCCACAGAGCGACUUUGCGGCUGGGGUGGUGCCAAGUUCUGCUCCAUAGAGGACGAAGCCAGAUACCCGGAGGCUCCUACUGACUCCAAAUACCUCAAUGCUGGAGGAUACAUUGGGCCUGCAGAGGCUUUGCAGGACAUGAUCUCUGCUGUGCUGCGUAUGAAGAGCACAGCGACUGGAGAGCACCGCCAGAAAGGUCAGCUGUCAGACCAGUAUUUCUUCAAGUUGUACUUCUGGGACCACCAGGACAAAAUCGCCUUGGACUACCACCAGUUGAUCUUUGGGAAUUUUCUUGAGAUUGCCAACCGACCAUGUGAGAGUGACUGGGCUCCUGUGUGUGCUGUCAAGCCUUGCUGCACCGAGAGCGACAACUUUCGAAGGUUCCAUCAGCUGUUCUUCAGUCGGUACAAGGUGAAAGGGUGUGCCGUGUGGCGAGAGAACAACUUGCCGAUCUCCUGGCAUGGCAAUGGGGCUGGCAAGUGGCUCUACCUUCUGGCCCUCGACCAAUUGUCCCUGCGAUGCGGCCCUGCUGCCAAUGUGACCAGGGCACAAAUGCCAGAGCAGAUGAUGGCCGACCUGUUUGAGAAGUAUGACAGCCGGUCCCAGAACGAAGGCAGCAACUGGCCUGGAGGUUUCCUCACAAGUGUCAGCAGUCACUUCAUCGAGGAGUCAGGUGGGAGUGAGCUUCCGGCCGAAUGUAGCUGA